ACGCAUCUGGAGAAGUGAUAUCUUUAUCCCUAAUUGCUGCUUAUUUUGACUUUUGACUGCAAUGUUUAUACCUAUCAAAUUAGAUACGGUCUGGAUGUGCUUUAUCUGUAGUAUCAAUAUCGGCCAGGUUUCUUUCUGUCUUGAUCAAGUAAAGUGCGUUGCGUCUGUGAGAUGAGCGAACAAUAUAUUCAUUUUCGCCGCUCAAUUCCUUUUUAUUUUCAGAAGAAAAAAGUACAAAAGAGAUAAAAAAAGUUUUGUAGUGUUUAUAGUGAUACACCAAUCAAUAAAUUGACCAUUUAAAAGCGGAUCAAAAGGUUUAAAUAUGGAAAUUCCAAUUUAACUUAAGUAAUCGAAAACGAAGUGUCGGAUCAUCAACGACUAAUGCGGACGGAACUGCGAAUUUAAUCUAUCAAAAUUCAAGAUAUACGAUAAAGGAAAUUACCAACUUGUUACACAUACCAAUUGAACAUAAAAUUAUUGGCCUUUUUUUAUAUAUUAUGAUAGUUUUCGACGCAUAGAAUCCAAAAAUGCAAGUCUUAAUUUUAGAAAUCUAGCGGUUCAAAAGUUAUGCGAAUACAAAUUUGAGCAUAUUUUAACAUAUUUUACACGGUUAUUUUGAUGCCACGUUUUAUAUACGCAUGGACCGCUGGAUCCCUAAAGACUUUUAUUUUUGAAUUCUACACGCCGAGAACUAUUAAAAGACUAUUUUGUAUUCCCUAAAAUGAAAUUAAAUCCAGCAAGAAAAUCCAUCCAAGAAAAUGUAAACGGAAUUAUCACACAACCUAUUAGUAGUGCUCCGGUCUAUGGAUCCGACCGACUAUGGAUCUAAACUUUAUCUAAUCAAUUAUCGGGGAGAAUUGCGUAUAGUGUGUAUAGUGACAAUAGCGACGCCCAAUUAACGCGGUAUACGUCUGUACUACGAUAUCGCUCAUUUUCGACUGCAUUCGUAAAACAUCGCUGACGAUGGUACUGUCAUCAGUAGGCGAACAUAGGAAACAUAUUUAACCCUUCGUAAGUUCGUAAACUACAAAUGCACUGUGCGCACGUUGAUUUCGGUCAUUUUGCCUGGAGAUCUCCGGUUUGACAUACAUGGGAGAGGCCCGCGAUUUUUAACAUCGGUACUGCAAAAGUGUGUAUAUAUCAUCUCGUCAUACAGAAAUUGUAAUAUUAAUUAGUGUUUAAACAAUUUUCUGCGGUGAAAAAGGAUACAAAUAAUCGUCGAUUAAGAAAAGUACGAUGGCAGACUAUGUGAUCGGUGACACAAAACCGGCAGAUAUACCUCUACCGGAUGAUGGCCUUUCAGCAGCACAAUUAUUCGCUACCGGCGACGGUCUUACGUAUAAUGAUUUUAUUAUUUUACCCGGUUACAUUGAUUUUACCGCCGACGAGGUUGAUUUAUUAUCACCGUUAACGAAGAAGAUUAUGAUUAAAGCACCGCUGGUAUCAUCUCCCAUGGACACAGUUACAGAAUCCGACAUGGCUAUUGCCAUGGCUCUAUGUGGAGGAAUUGGAAUAAUACAUCAUAAUUGUACGCCCGAGUAUCAAGCCAAUGAAGUACAUAAGGUCAAAAAAUAUAAACAUGGUUUCAUUAGAGAUCCAGUAGUCUUAUCACCCAAUCACACAGUCAAAGAUGUCCUAAAUGUGAAAGCUGAACAUGGCUUUUCUGGUGUCCCUAUUACAAAUACAGGAAAAGUUGGGGGAAAAUUAUUGGGUAUUAUAACAUCUAGAGAUAUUGACUUUUUGGAAAGUACAACAAAUCAACAAUACAUAAAAUUGGAAUCAAUAAUGACAAAAUUAGAAAAUUUAAUUACUGCAACUGCUGGUGUUACAUUACAAGAAGCAAAUGUAAUUCUUGAGAAGUCUAAAAAAGGGAAGCUUCCAAUUGUCAAUGAAAAAGGGGAAUUAGUAUCUUUAAUGGCAAGAACUGAUUUAAAAAAAAAUCGUAGUUAUCCAAAUGCCAGUAAAGAUGAGAACAAACAAUUAUUAGUUGGUGCUGCUAUUGGCACACGCAAUGCUGAUAAACAAAGACUGCAACAUCUUACUACAGCUGGUGUUGAUGUUAUUGUUUUGGAUUCUUCUCAAGGCAAUUCCAAAUAUCAAAUUGAUAUGAUUAAGUACAUUAAAUCAGAAUAUCCAGAAUUGCAGGUAAUUGCAGGAAAUGUUGUAACAACUAUGCAAGCUAAAAAUCUUAUAGAAGCUGGAGCAGAUGCUUUAAGAGUUGGGAUGGGUUGUGGAUCUAUUUGUAUUACUCAAGAAGUUAUGGCUGUGGGAAGACCUCAAGCAACUGCUGUAUAUAAAGUUGCAGAAUAUGCAAGGAAAUUUGGUGUACCUAUUAUAGCUGAUGGUGGUAUUCAAUCUAUUGGGCACAUUAUUAAAAGCUUAAGUUUAGGUGCUAGCACAGUCAUGAUGGGAUCUUUAUUGGCUGGUACUUCAGAGGCACCAGGUGAAUAUUUUUUUAGUGAUGGUGUACGUCUAAAGAAAUAUAGAGGUAUGGGCUCCUUAGAAGCUAUGAAUAGAAAAGAUGCACAUGGCUCAGCAAUGGAUAGGUACUUUCAUAAUGAAAUGGACAAAUUGAAAGUAGCUCAAGGUGUUAGUGGCUCAAUAGUUGACAAAGGAACUGUUUUAAAAUUCUUACCCUAUCUGUUAUGUGGCAUUAAGCAUGGAUGUCAAGAUAUUGGAGCAAAAUCUAUCUCUACCUUGAGAUCUAUGAUGUAUAGUGGAGAAUUAAAAUUUGAAAGAAGGACACAUUCUGCUCAGCAAGAAGGAAAUGUUCAUAGCCUUUUCUCAUAUGAAAAAAGACUUUUUUAAAUAGGUAAAUAUUAAAUGAGCACCUUACAAAAGGAGAAGUACCUGCAUUUAAUUGCAUAUAAUUUGUCAAUUUUAACAAAUUAUUCCCCGAAUUAUAUGAACUCACAUAUUUGCUUAUACCUAAACAUAUAACUACGCAAAAAUAUUUUAUGAACAAUUUGUUUUUUGAUAGUGGACAAGUGAAAUUUACUUCACGAUUAUUUUACAUGUAAUGUACUUACAUUAUAAUGUAUUUACGAAAUACAAUGUGUAUUCUUUACACAUAUAUGUGUAAGAAAAAUUGAUCGAUACAAGAGAAGAAUUUCACUGGCAAUUAAUUUAUAAAAAAUCCUAUAAAUUUACAUGAAAAAAUUUUUCACAUUUCUUUAAUAAUUCAAUUUAUUUACAUGUAUGUACAUGUAUCUCAUCCUUUAAGUAGAUUAAUCUGUUUGAUUGAUGUUACAUUUAUGACUGAAUUGUCAAACGAGUUAUAGCUGUAUAUUACUGUAAUAUUCUUUUCUUGUUGCAUUCUUUGUAUCUGAUUUAUAUGUCAAAAUCUAUAUUGUUUGAAAUUCCCAUAAAAUCACAUUAACAUUUCGAUAAAAUUAAUGAAUAAGAAAAUAAAAGGUAUGUAGUAUCCUUAAAAAUCCACAAUGCAGCAAGAAAAGGAUAAAGAAAACAAAUCCAGAAUUUACAUGCCAAACUAUGGGAACACUAUUGGAAAGAAAUUUAAUCAACUUAAUUGUUUAUUAGUUGUAUAUUCAUUCCUACUGUAACGUGAUAAAAAAAUAUCUCACUAGA